AAUUAGUACAUUGAAGGAAAGGUGAAUACAUUUAAACUCUAUGUACAUGUGUGUGUGAUACCGAAUAACUCGUACAUUCAUGGUACGCAUGCGCGGCUUGACGCGAGCCCGCAUAUACCGCACCGCGCUCCGUGGAGUUCUCAGCACUCGUUGACGUGAAUCCUCACGGUUGUGCACGACGAUUCAGCUAUAUUUUUUUCCUCGUGCCGACGACUACUACUACGUGCGAAAGGCGAGCAGUAGUUUUUUAUAUCAUCCGCUGUGCGAUAGAAGGAGUCUCCACCUCUCCGGUUGCGAAUCUCCCCGACGUGCGCCGUUACGAGAUUUUGACUGCGGGUUUAAUGUGUAACAACAAGGCGAUGCGAGAUGAAGUUCACACGGAACUGUCUGAGCAACAUUGGCAAGAUGUUGGACUUUUACUCGCAGUUCAACCCUUCGCCGCUCUCGAUAAAACAAUUCAUCGAUUUCGGUCUAAGUGCCUGCGAAAGGAAGUCUUUCAUAUUCCUGAGAAAAGAAUUGCCAGUACGGCUCGCUAAUAUUAUGAAAGAGAUCCACUUGCUGCCGGACAAUCUGCUAAAGAUGCCUAGUGUGGGUAUUGUGAAUAACUUAUAUGCCACUUCCUUCGAGGAAAUAAUACACUUUGAGAAAGUUGAAGUCAACGAGACCACUUUAGACAAAUUCUGCCAAGCUCUGAUAAAAAUCCGGAACAGACACACCGAUGUCGUUCAAACGAUGGCGCAAGGUGUUCUGGAGCUGAAGGAGUCCCAUGAUGUGGACAUUCAGACUGAAAAUAGCAUACAGUAUUUCCUGGACAGAUUUUUAAUGUCCCGCAUUUCCAUUCGUAUGCUAAUCAAUCAGCACACGCUCCUCUUUGGUGGGCAAUUGAACGGGCACAGUAGACACGUAGGAUGUAUAGAUCCGUCCUGUGACGUGAUCGGCGUCAUUCAGGACGCUUACGAGAACGCACGAUUUUUAUGCGAUCAAUAUUAUCUGGCUAGUCCGGAAUUGAUAGUCAAGCAACAUAAUGAGCUUGAACGCAGUAGUGAAAUUAGAAUUAUUUACGUGCCGAGUCAUUUGUAUCAUAUGUUAUUCGAGCUCUUCAAGAACAGCAUGCGAGCCGUGAUGGAGCAUCAUGGAUCAGAUUCGGACAAUCAUCCGCCGCUCGAGGUUCUGCUGGUGCGUGGUAAAGAGGAUAUUUGUGUGAAGAUAUCCGACAGGGGUGGCGGCAUUCCUCGUUCACAAACGGACCAUUUAUUUAAGUAUAUGUACAGUACCGCCCCACAGCCGAGUAAAUCAGAUGCACACACGGUACCCUUAGCAGGAUACGGUUAUGGUUUGCCAUUGUCUCGGCUCUAUGCCAGGUAUUUGCACGGUGAUAUCGUGUUGCUUAGUUGUGAAGGUUACGGAACAGACGCUAUUAUUUAUCUGAAGGCGUUAUCUACUGAGGCAAACGAAUUGUUGCCAAUAUUUAAUAAGACUUCCACGAAGUUUUACCGCAUGCCGAUACCCAUUGCGGAUUGGAGCAGCCAAUGCGGUGGUGGGAUGGCAACGAGACAACUUACUAUGAGUCACGCUCAGGGUCACAAGCUUCCCCAUGGGAUGGAAAUUACUCAUUUAUAGCAGAAUGCGAUCGAUGUGGAUCAGGAAACGAUUGGGGAACUCAGAAAGAUUUUUUGAUUGCAAAUCACAAAGAAUGCUUUAAUAGGAAAGCUAGAUCUGCAUUUGAAGUUAGAACAAAAAAUUGAAAAUAUAUUCUUUACAAAUAUGAGAAACAACUAGUGAUUAGGCGGAUAAAAUACUACAUUGGCCAGAAAUAAUAUUGAUAAUCUUCCUUGUGUCCGCAAUUAUAUUACAUAUCAAAUUAUUUAUACAGAUUUGACAAAAUUGAGGUUUUUUUUAACAUCUUUUGUGACACAAGCGUAGAUUAUUCACUACGUGUUUUUAACGAGAACACUUUCACAGGGUUUAUUCGAGCCAAAUAAAAAAAAUAUUUUAAAAAAUUUUGAAGGAGAGGGAAUGAAUGAUUUUAUAAUGAAGCAUUGCGUUUAUGAUGAUUGGAUUAUGAUUGUUUAUAAUAUUAGAUUUUGUAUAGCAAAGGAUCUUCUCAUUAAUUAUACUACAGAUAACAUCAGAGAGCAUUUUAAUUUCUGAGGAAGCAUUUUUGUUAUAUUAAUAAGCAACAUAUAACUCGUAAUUUCCAAUAAUACAUCUUAGAUCAUGUUCUGAAUCUAUUCACAAAAAUUAGUCGACAUGCUUAUUAUUAUUAUUAUAAUUAUUUGACAUAUUUAUAUUAAAUAAUGAUACAUGAUAAUGUGUAUUAAUAAUUUAAAUAUAAUUUGUCGUGAUUUUUUUCGGAAAAAAAAUUCAAAAUAUAUAUAAUAUGUUAUAUAGUUCGAGAGAUAAUUAGAGAGAAAGAAAGAGAGAGAGAGAGAGAGAGAGAGAGAGAGAGAGAGAGAGAGAGAGAGAAAAUUAAUAUUUUUUUCUGUAUUUUCUUUUUAUAUUAUCAAAUUAUUUUUAAAAAAAAAUUUUUAUAUAAUGUUCACUUGUUUAUUAUAUAUAUAAUAAAUUUAGAACGUGAUCUAGGUAAUUAUUCCUGAUUUUGAUCGUUUGAAAAUUGAUAUGUAAUAAACUACAGACUGUGAUGUAGCUUAAAAAUUUGAUUUAGCUAAACAAUUACACGUAUUAAUGUACGCAUACAGAAAAUACGUGUAUGUAGUAAAUUAUAAUUUUACUGCUGUAUACGGUUGUUUCAAAUGAUUACAAUAAGGACUAAUUAAAAAAAAAUUAUUUCCUAUCUCCCGCAAAGUAUUCGAUGUUACAUAAAAAUUUGAUUAGCCGGCCAAUUGGUUUUUUUUUUCUUUAUUAUAAUUUAUAUAAACAGAUUAAAUUUAAACGAAUUAGAGAUAUUUCUUCAUGAAAAAAUCUUUUGAUAUAGAUUUCAUAUUCUGAGGUAUCCAUAUAUAUAUAUAUAUAUAUAUACUUGUAUCUGUAUAUAUAUUUCAGUGUAUUUUUAUUUGUGUAUUUAUUUUAAUUAUUUUUAAUAAUAUUCUUUUUAUAGAAGCAUACUUUAAUGCAAUACAUAAAUAUCACUACAUGAUUUGUUUGCCAGAUUUUCAUUGAAUCCUCGGAGGAAUAGCAAUUUUUAAUUGUCCAAUAAAAAUAUCAAUAAUUCUUUUUUAUAUACUGUAUAUAUAUUAAUAUUAAUAUAUAUAUAUAUAUAUAUAUAUAUAUAUAUAUGUAUAUAUAUAUAUAUACAUAUACAUAUAUAAUAAAAGAUAUUAUAUGAUAUAUAAUAAUAUAUUAUGAGUAUAUUUAUAUAUAUACAACAUUUUUGAAAAUUAUUGAUUUUUCAAUUGAUACAGAAUUUUUUUACUUGAUUACAUACCUUAUUGAUCAGAUAUCUUAAAAAAAUUAAUUUGUAAGUUUAUACUGUUAUGCUGGGAGAAGAAUGUUGUAAGCAAUGUAAGCGAUAAACGAAUCAGAACUGUGAAUGCUAUGUACGUUUUCUACGAUGCUGCAAUUUUUUAGAUGUAAUUUUCAAGAUGUAGAUCAAAACGUUCCUAAUUAAACUAGUGUGUCAAGUAAGGCGUAUCUUGCGCGUGCAUAAUGCGUACAUAUUUCGAGAGAUCAUAAUGUCGAUAAUUUGUAUAGAAGUCGUUUUUUCUGAAUAAUUCUAAACAAAUGUGUAUAUAAUGUUAUGUUACGUAAAUAAAUAAAUAUGUAAAUUUUUAGUUGUUACUAUAUAGAUUUAUAGAUAUAUUCGUGUGCGCGGCACGAAUAAGAUCUUGUAAAGCAUUGUUAAUAAAUACGUCUCGUAACAAA